AUGCCCCAGCGCCCAGCACCAGCGCUAGAAAGUGCCAACACCUGCCUAUGUAGUGGCGUCACCCGGAUAGCUUGCAAGGUGUCGAUCAGGGUCACUGCCUACCUAGUGAUGUCGCCCAAACCACCUGCUGCAAGCGUUGCUCAGACCACUCGGCUCCAAGUCAUUAGUCUCACAUCUGCCUUGGCCAUUGGCAUCAAAGUUGCAUUUGGUUCGGCCCCAAAUAUGAGCCUGUGUCAUGCUAGGGUUCACAUUGAGGUUCUAGGACUGGCCCUGGUCGAAUCGCUUGCCUCCACCAGGGGAGGAAGCCACCCAGACAGUGUAGGAACAUUGGUUUAUGAUAUCAAAUAUGACUUUGCAUUCAAGACUCUUACAGGGGCAAUACAAGUUGAAGAUAAUCCAAUUCAGGGGCAUCUCCAACAACAACAUGACCCUUCUCCUAUCCAAGAAGACGGUUGUUUUAGACUGCCAGAGUGUGGCAUGCCCAACUUUUUCCAUAAUGAUGUUCCAGCUCAAGUUGAUUCACCCGAGAAACAUGUGCCUAUAGAUCAGUUCCCGUUGAAUCCUGCGUUUGUGCCCCAUGGAAAUGCUAACACCAACGCCAACUUACGCGGCUACAGCUGGCUUCGUCCUCAGCAACCUAUCUUGGACCCGAGGACCAGCAACAUCAGACAAGGGUGA